CCCUCCGUUCCUCUGUUUCUCACAGUCUAAAAGAACGGGGAAGCUCGCGGUCGCUGCUUGGACAGCAUGUCGCUGUUCUCGUACCGGAUGUUUAAACCGUGAAGGAGGCUCUUGCGGACGGAUGGACACAGGUGCGACAGACAACCUGCGGAGACGCACGAGGAGCGCACGAGCCUGCCGCAGACCACAGCCGGGAGCGCGAGCGGCGGAGGAGUCCGGCGUGCUGCGGAGUCUGAGCGUGGGGAACACGGAAGCAGACCAUGACAUGGAGGGGGGCUCCGGACUCUGGAAGCAGGACGGCCUGGAGCGGAGGAUCAUGGCGCCCCGGUACAACCUGCUCCGGGAGGUGGGCAGGGGGUCGUACGGAGUGGUGUACGAGGCGGUGGCGCGGAGGACCGGAGCCAGAGUGGCCGUGAAGAAGCUCCGGUGUGACGCGCCGGAGAACGUGGAGCUGGCGCUGCAGGAGUUCUGGGCGCUGGCCAGCCUGGAGAAACGGCACGAAAACGUGGUUCAGCUGGAGGAGUGCGUGCUGCAGAGGAACCGGGUGGCCCAGAAGAUGAGUCACGGGAACAAGCGGUCCAAACAGUACCUGCGGCUCGUGGAGACCUCGCUCAAAGGUGAGCGGGUGCCCGGUCCUCCAGAGGAGCCUUGUUACCUGUGGUUCGUCAUGGAGUUCUGUGAAGGCGGAGACCUCAAUCAGUACAUUCUGUCACGCCGCCCCGACCAGCGGACCAACAACAGCUUCAUGCUGCAGCUGACCAGCGCUGUGGCGUUCCUGCACAAGAACAACAUCGUCCACCGAGACCUGAAACCCGACAACAUCCUCAUCUCGGAGAAGUCUGGCACGCCGGUCCUCAAGGUGGCCGACUUCGGCCUGAGCAAAGUGUGCGCCGGUUUAGGAAACACCGGAGAGGGUAAAAGUGGUGAGGACAAGAACAAAAACAUCAACAAGUUCUGGCUGUCGUCGGCGUGCGGCUCAGACUUCUUCAUGGCCCCCGAGGUGUGGGAGGGACACUACACCGCCAAGGCGGACAUAUUCGCCCUGGGCAUCAUCAUAUGGGCAAUGCUGGAGAGAAUCACGUUCAUCGACGCCGAGUCAAAGCGCGAGCUGCUCGGCACGUACGUGAGACACGGGGCGGACAUCGUGCCGGUGGGCGAGGCAUUGCUCGAGAAUCCAAAGAUGGUUCUGAACAUCCCUCAGAAACGCCGCUCGUGCAUGUGUGACGGCGUGAGGAAGCUGCUGCAGGACAUGCUCGCUGUCAACCCUCAGGACCGGCCCGAUGCCUUCCAGCUGCAGGCUAGGAUGGACAAGGUGACGUGUGCUGCGUGACCCCGACCUGAGCGGCUACAGACUGCUGCUGCUUGAAGGCGGAGCCUCGUCCUCCUUUGAUGUGAACCCGGAGGAGAAGCAGUUUGUCGUCAAUGUGCAGACUUUACAGACGAUGGAGGACGCCUUCGUUCAAUCAGAAGACAGGAGACAGACUCUGAUGUUCACGCUGCUGUGAGAUGAAUACUUGAAUAAGUUCACAACCACCAGAUGAGUUCAGACCAAACAGGAAGAGAGCUCUUUUCAAAAUAAAGUUGGCUCCAUACGAGACUGUUUGAGGGUCCCUCACCGUGUGGAGUCAGAAACAUCAUGUCUGAUAUUUAGGAUUCCAGAUCUCUGACCUGAACAGCCAAUGAGAGUGAGCGGACCGGGUGAUCGUUUGAAGGUCACAUGACCACACGUCCACAGAACUUAAAUGACACUAUGAACUCGAUUUAAACUAAAUCAAGACUACGUUUUUAAUGUUCAUCUUAAACUUCACUGUCGGUGCACGUAGCAGCCAUUUUGGAUUUAAGGCGGGGUAACAGAUGUACGAGCUGCGGGGACAGUGACCCGCAGGUCUGAUAUUCAGACCGACAGACGGUCCAUGAAAUGUAGAAAGAUGGUGGAAAAAGUUUUAGCCUUCAGCGAGUGCCGAGCGCCAUCUGAACUCACCCUGUUUGGACGGCUUUCUCCCCCCAAAGCUCUGUCACUAAGCUCCGCCCUCAUCGCGUCUUAGGAUGUUCAAAUUGAUUCUGUGACGGCGUGAUAUUGGCAUCCCGGUCUGUGAGGUCACGGCACAGCGGGAGCUCCACACACACACACACACACAGUUCACACACGCACACAGUUCACACACACACACAGUUCACACACAGCGUCUCUCCUCUGUAACAACUCUGAAGACGGGAUGGGACGGGACGGGGGGGGUCACUUCCCCCCUUCACGUCUCCAUGACAUUCAGACUGAAGGAGACGCGUCACGGGGACGUAGAUAUGGCGUCUUAAAACGGCGGUCUGAGCGGGGCUUCUGUCGCCUUAUUCAAAGUUCGUCUCUUCCUGCUUCAGACGCUCGAUAAAUCACAAGUUUGUUUGUGCUUUCCACAGUCUGUGACCCUUUAGUGUAAAAGCUGUACGUUUGAGAAUCACUCCACGCUGCCUUCAGAUGGCGUCUGAGCUGCAUGCGGGUCUGCAGGUUAGACGAGGGAGCGGCAGACUCCAGCUGUGAUUGGAGGAUGGACUGGUCCGUCUCUCGCUCUCUCUCUCUCUCUCUCUCUGGUCAGUCUCAGGCCUGAUAUUAAACUGUGAUAAACGUCUGGAUAAAGGGAGAACGGCGUCUGAAUGUCGAUAUCGUUGUCCGGAAACGGAAGUUUAGAUCCCGUUCUGUUUUUUUUAUCUACCUCAUGUUUCUGCACGUUACCCUUUUUUUUUCUUUUUUCUUUUUCUUUGCCGAGCCGUCGACAUUCCUCUGAGAUGAAACGUCACAGGAAGCGAUCGGGGUUUACUUGAAUCCUCACUGUCAGAUUCUGAUGCAUUGUGGGAAAUAAUGGUUUACAUAGUAUUUUAAUGAAUGAUUGACUUCUGUGACCUUGUUUCUAUUUCUUGACCUGAGAUAUGCUAAUGUUCCAGGUGACUUUAUUUGAGAUGUUGUGAUCAGAUGAUGUGAGGAGGAGAGGCUCCACCUGUAUAUCUCACAAUGUGUUUCUGUACAGGUGUGCACGAUGACCUCGCUCUGUUCACCUGUGUCUCAGGAUACAGUGUGGAAGUGAACGGGCUGAUUGUUCCUCAUGCUGCUGGGUCGGGUCGGGUUCAGACGACUUUGAGUUUCUACAGUUACAGUCGUCGUACGUGUUCUUAAAGCCAUGUUUGAUUUUUCUACUGCUGACUUCGUACAUAUCAGGGCUGUGCUUCAAUAAAGGCUGAAAUACCUCAAA